UAAGCAGAGACGUAAAUGUGUACCUAUCACUAUCAGAAUCAAAACUCAUUAGAGAGUGGUUAGCACCUCAAAUGAAAUCCUCUGGUUGGUCUAGUCCGAAACAAUGAAAGAACAGAUGGGAAUAGGACAACGUGUAACAUACUAUGUCCGGGCGUAGAAGAGUUCUCAUUUUCUUACAUGAGAAGUCACUUCUGCAUCUAUACUUAUGUGAUGUAACUGCUCCUUAUCAUGUCCUCUCAAUCUUAUGCUAAUAAUAAGUCAACAAUCUUCCUUUAUGUCACCAAACUUUUCAUUGGCAUCUGGUCAAUUGACUAAAUUUGCCAAAUAUAAGAUGAAAAUAGACCUAUUUGCCCUUUUGAUGAACCACCUUCAUGUUGUUGAAUAGUACCACCUUCAUGUUGUUGAAUAGUAUCGGAGGGAACAAGAUUUUAAGCAGCUACAGUUCUAUUGACGUCAAGAUUCCUAAAUAUGCCGGUAGAUAUGUCUCAAUCCUCACGUGGUCUAUGCACUUGCAUUCUAUAUAGUAUCUUUUUGUAAACCUUGAAGUUUUGUGCAUAACACAGAGUAAUGGAAGAAGAUUGUGGUGCAUUUGUAGCAGACUGUGUUGUCCUGUCAUGCUGCUGCCAGUGCCUUGUGUUACAAGUUACUGGCUUCGUCUUCUUCAAGAUUCCUCUUAAACUUGUUCAGAAGGUGAAGAAGUUUGUGAAGAGAAGAUCUGGAAAAGCCUUGCAACCAAGGAUGGAGGAAGAUGUUGUCAAAGAGGAGCAUUUGUGUGGUAAUGGGUUUGGCUUUGAGGAAGGGUCAUCGAGAUUUAAUUGCGUUGAAGACAUUGAGGGAAUGUUGCAAGAACUGUCGAUGAACAAGGAGUUCUUGUUUGGAAGCUUCUGGCGCCAUGAAGAUUCGUCUGAAAUUAUAGAUGUCAAAUAGUAAAUAAAAAACAGAGAUUAAUACUCAUCUUCCUUGCUUUAAAUUCAUGUUAGUGUUAUUGAUCACGAAUAAAGAAGCUUAAGGAGACGGAUUCAAACCUCUCUCUUGAAAGACAAGGAGAAGAGAUAGUGUAGGUAGCUAAGACAAGGCUGUAAUAUUGUAGUACUUUCUUAACUCAUGUACAAUCUUCCUGUUUUCCAAUAUAAUUAGAUUGUCAUAUCAUUUUGUCA